AUGGCAGAGGGACUCAUAGGAUGGGUCAUGGAGAUGACGGCCUGGGUGGCCCCCUUCUUUAUCGUCAUGUCGCCCAUUCUCUCAUACGCCGACCAGAUCGUCUCCAUGUACCGAGCAAAGACCAGUGCAGGCUUCUCUCUUGACAUUCCUCUUAUUAUGCUGGUCGCGUCUUUUCUGAGAAUAUUUUACUGGCCCCAAGCCCAAUACGAUACGAGCUUACUCCUUCAGUCUCUAUUGAUGGUUGUCGUUCAAGUAGCUCUCCUCAAGGUCGCUCUCGACUUCCGACCCCCUCCGCCCACUAAAGGCGGUGACGCUGGUCUGCCUUUUGCCAGCGCCGACGACAGCUUGAUGGGAUUUCAGCGCCCCUAUAACUUCUGGCAAUGGCGAUCUCCUCGGCGAUACUGGCAAGCUAUCAUGUAUUUUGCUGCUGCUCUCGUUGUUCUUGAGCUUCUCCUCUCCCAGAUGCCUGGGCUUUAUGCUGUAUAUGCCAACGCCAUUGGAUGCAUUGGGCUCGGCGUGGAAGCGACACUACCCAUUCCUCAGAUCUUGAUUAACGCACGAACCAAAUCAUCCAAGGGUCUACGGUUAUCAGUCUUGGCUGCUUGGAUUGGUGGUGACACCAUGAAACUAUUCUGGUUCUUCACAUCAAAGUCGGAGAUCCCCUGGUCUUUCAAGAUCUCGGGUAUGUUCCAGGCGUCAUGCGACUUCUUCCUCGGUUUCCAGUAUCUGAUCUAUAACACCAACACCGCGGAGGAGUCACAAAUUAAAGAGCACCCCAUGGUUGAGUGGGAGGCACCCAAGGCAACGACGCGAAGCCACAGCCGAAGCCUCACACCUACACGACGACCCGCUCCAUUUGUUGUCGCGGAAGAGGUCAAAUAG